UUGAAACAAGACCACCAGAAUGCUGAAUGCUCGGAAACUCAAAGAAAAAUAAAGGCUUCAACUAGAUCAGAGAAACAAAACAGACUAAAACAAUCAGCCAAAAACUUGCUGGAACAACUCCCUAUCCCGCUCCAACGCAGCAUGGAGCUCUCACAAGAGAAAGGUGCGUCAACCUGGCUGACAGCACUACCCAUCGAGAACCAUGGCUUCGCUCUCCAUAAGGCUGCGUUCCGGGAUGCCCUAUCCCUCCGCUAUGGCUGGGCUCUAAAGAACACACCAUCACACUGCAGCUGUGGCCACACUUUCGGUAUCGCACAUGCCAUGUCGUGUCCGACCGGAGGAUAUCCAUCAAUUAGGCAUAACGAAAUUCGAGAUAUUACUGCCUCCCUGCUGACGAAAGUAUGCCACAGUGUAUCAAUAGAGCCACACCUUCAACCUAUUAGGGGAGAAUCCUUGUCCCACAGAACAGCCAACACAGAAGACCAAUCAAGACUAGACAUCGCAGUAUGCGGCUUCUGGGGAGGCAGAUUCGAAAAGGCAUUCCUUGAUGUAAGGGUAUUUAACCCAAGUGCCCAAUCGAAUCAACAAACCUCUCUAGCAUCUACAUACAGAAGACAUGAGCUGGAAAAGAAACGCCACUAUGAACAGCGUAUUCGGGAAGUGGAACACUCAACUUUCACACCACUAGUCCUCUCAUCUACUGGAGGCAUGGGAAGAGCUGCAACAACUUUCUACAAGAGACUGUCGUCGAUGUUCAGUGAGAAGAGAGAUGUACCCUACAAUACAAUGAUAGGAUGGAUACGAUGCCAGCUGAGUUUCGCUCUACUGAGGGCAUCCAUUAUGGCAAUUAGGGGUGCCAGGUCAUCAAGAAACAGACCAGCUAAGGAUGUACUUCUUGAGCCAAUCGAGGUCCAAGUUGUGGAGGGACACCUAGAACACUAACCUAGAACACUAACUUAUUUUUUUUUU